AUGAACGUCGGUAUAGUCGGCCACGUUGUGAGCACCGGCAAGCUGGUGAACGCGAAAAAUGCCCGGGAACAUCCCGAAUUCGAUUCCCACAUAGACUCUUACCCAGGAAUUGAGUGCAAGUCACUUCUCUGUUUCCCAAUUCGCGACCAGUCCGGUAUCAUUGGUGUUGUUUGCCUCACCAACAAAGUGAACGACCCUUACUUCGACGCCAUGGACGAGGAAAUGGCGCUGGCAUUCAGUGUCUACUGCGGAGUGUGCAUUGUCCAUUCAGUAGUGUACCAGAAGAUGCAGGAGGCGCACAUCAGAAACUCUUUAGCAAAUGAACUUGUGAUGUAUCAUAUGAAGGUGGAUGAUACGGAAGUGGACAAUCUACUACAAUGUACCGGCUUCCACAAGCACCCUCACAUCGCGAACCUGCACUUCAACAUCCGAGCUCUGCCGUUGCGCGAGCUGCCUUGCUACGUUGUCAAGAUGUUCUCCGAUCUCGGAUACGAUAAGAAAUACAACAUUAAAAGAGAGAAGCUGGCCAGAUUCGUCCUACACGUAAAGAAGGGCUACCGGGACGUUCCAUACCACAAUUGGCUGCACGCAUUUAGCGUGUUUCAGUGGGCUUACGCAGCCCUCAUCAACUACAAGCUUGUGACACAUGGAUACCUUAAUGAUCUGCAAGCGUUUAUGUAUUUAAUAGCCGGUCUCAUACAUGAUAUGGAUCAUCGUGGAACCACCAACAAAUUCCAAAUACAAGGACAUACAAGUCUGGCGGCUCUGUACAGCAGCGAGGGCAGCGUGAUGGAGCGACACCACCUGGCGCAGGCCAUGUGCGUGCUCAACGCGCAGGGCUGCGACCUGCUGGCCGGCCUGCCGCGAGUGGAAUACGACCGCGCCAUCUUGUUGCUACGCGACUAUGUCCUCGCGACUGACUUGUCCAACUAUUUCAACAAUCUUGGCGAGUACGAAUUGAUAUCGCGGGACUAUCAAAAAGGCAACCGAUUACACAGGCAUGUUCUGCAGGCUUUGCUGAUGAAUGCAGCGGACCUUAGCGACCAGCUCAAGGACUGGAACACCAUUAAAAGGACUGCUGCCGCAGUCUUGACAGAGUUUUUCAAGCAGGGCGACUUGGAAAAAGUCCGCGGAGAAACGUCCCUUAGCAUCAUGGACCGCGAGAAGUGUUUCAUCCCCACACUAGAGAAAGAGUUCCUCGUGAGCUGCUGUGUGCCUCUGUUUGAGAUGCUUGCUAGAAUCAUUCCAAAAGCUCAGCCAUGUUUAAAAGUAAUUGAAGCCCACAUAGAGAAAUGGGAUGCGGCGUCUUAUGUAUUUGCAGAGGUACCAGUAUCAGCCGGGCUAUCAGUUCUUCUAAGCCCAGAGCUAGAUAACCUAAUAGAACAAAGCAUGAAAGAAAGAGAACGUAAACGUUUGACUGAACGGACGGAGACCGAAGACGAGGCGAAAGAAACUUAG